CUGGUGACGCGUUGUGUGUGUGUGUGCGCGCGCGCGGCGGCAACGGACGGACAUGGCGACGGUUGACAGCAGAGAUAACCUCCUGGGGAUCUCGUGGGUGGACAGUGCUUGGAUUCCAAUCUUAAAUCCAGGAAAUGUGCUUGACUACUUCUCUGAAAGAAGCAAUCCCUUUUAUGACCGCACUUGCAAUAAUGAGGUGGUCAAAAUGCAACGUCUCAGCUUGGAACAUUUGCACAAUAUGACUGGCUUGGAAUACAUUCUACUACAUGCUCAGGAGCCCAUACUAUAUAUAAUUCGGAAGCAGCAUAGAUACUCUCCAACUCAAGUUACUCCUUUGGCUGACUAUUAUAUCAUUGCUGGAGUGGUGUAUCAAGCGCCUGAUUUGGGAUCAGUAAUAAACUCUAGAAUGCUGACAGCAAUACAUGCAGUUCAGUCUGCAUUUGAUGAAGCCAUGUCUUACUGCCGAUACCAUCCUUCCAAAGGAUAUUGGUGGCAUUUCAAGGAUCAAGAUGAGAGGGAUAAAGUAAAGCCAAAAUCGAAAAAGAAGGAGGAACCAAGUUCGUUGUUCCAGCGUCAGAGAGUGGAUAUGUUGCUCCUGGAUAUUCGGCAAAAAUUCCAACCCAAGUUUAUUCAGCCCAAAUCUGGAGACAAGCCUGUGCCAGUGGAGCAAGUGAAGAAAGAAGCCGAGCCAACAACCGAGACCAUCAAACAGGAAGAAAAAGACUCCACAAAGAACUCUCAGCAGAGCUCAAGCACCAAAGCCCCCCCUGAGAAACGAAUGAGACUCCAAUGAAGAGACUUUUCUGACUCUCUGGCUCAAUUGUUGUGAGCCAUUGAACCUUUGGACUUGAUUUUGUAUAGAUGUGAUUUUUUUUUGUGCUUUUUAUUUUUAUAUGUCAAGCAUGAAAUGGGUUCAUCUCCAGGAGAUGCUUAAUCCUUUCAGUUCUCAAUCCUUGUCCAAUGCCAAGAUUGGGUCUGUUCUUAUUGCUUCAGACAUUUUCUGCAGAACGUCCUGCUUCAGUGGAUACGAAGAGGAAUCGGUAAAAAGAUGUGCAGUUGUAAUUUUAAGAAUUACAGUAUAAAAAGAUAAAGCUUAGACUAAGUGGUGAGACUUCUGAUGCUUGUAAUAUUGAGGAAAUUAGUGUAAAAGAUGGUUUAUUGUACAUGGGUGUUAUUAUCCCAUGACACCAUUCUUUAACCAAUGGAUAUCCAUGGGCAAUAGAAAUUGGAAUCUCAUCAAAAUACAUGGACACUAUUCCAGCAAAGUUGUGAUCUGGUGGCCAUUUAUAAGCAAGAUUUACUUGCUACUGAUCAAAAGCUACUGAUUUUUGUAUAUUGAUAGCCAGCGAUGGUGUUUUAUUUGUAGAUUAUUCUGCCCACUGUGUUGCUAAUGAUGCAGUGCUGCUUUCCAUCUGACUGAGAUUAGGAACGUAUUACUUGGAAGUGUGAAUGCAAGAGCUAUUGCAGUGUACAUCUUAGCAAUUCAUUGUGUUGUUUUGUAAAAAUAUAGAUUAUUAAGAAUCAAUGGGCCAACAGAUCCCCACCUGAUGCCUUACUUGGUAAAGGCAGCUUUUGGAGAAGCGUAAAGCAAAAAGCUUCCACAUUUGGCAAUUAAUGUGUUGGAAUAAACUUCGGGAAGAUCGUGAUGGUUUUGCAGCUUAUGCUAGAAUCCAUUCCUGAGUUCAUAUGCAAAGUGGGAAUAGAAUCAGCCAAGGGCUGCGCUUUGAAAUUCAGAGUGCAGUUAUCUAUUGAGAAAAAUAGAACGGGUGUUGUGUGGUUACUAAGAUCUGAACAACUUUAUUUCAGCAGGAGACAGGACCUCCAGAAUAUCAAAGUGGAAAAUUUGUAAAGGUAAAGUUGUACAAUAGCUUCCAUUUAACUGGCUCAGUCCCAUGCAAUUCACUGCUUGAAGUUUCUGCCUUUUGCAAAGUCCUUUGCUGUGUAAGGAGAGUGGAGUGGAAUUAGUGAGUAGGAUCCCAAAAGGAGUAAGUUAGAAAUAAUUUGAUCUUUAAGUUUAAAUAAACAUAAUUUUAAAAUAGUGUAACUAAAGGUCUGCCUGUCUGUUAUUGGAAGUAGAAUUAAAAAUACAAUUUUUUGUAUCAAUGAAUAAAGAAGUCUGAAAUUG